AUGGCAAAAGUUGCUACAGAUUUUAUGAAUCGUCAUAAAUGGACUUCUAAAACUCUAUCACCUGAACUAGCUAAAUACACAGAGGAAAUUAACGAAAGUUUGAAGAAUGAUCGCAAGGUAAGAUUCAAUGCCAAAACACGUUUUCAACAAUUAGGGCUUACUAAAGAACAAGUAGAAGUUCUUAUUCCUAUUCGACCUUCUGGAAAGCAU